UGGUGGUGUUGUUUCGCUUUCGAAAGUUUCACAUCCGCAAGAGAGCGGCACAGCAAGGCAAAGCGAAGUAGGCAAAGAAGUCUCGCGCGCGAACUUGGUACGCUGCAGGCGAUGACCGCAUUCAUAUGAGUUUUUAUUAUUGUGAGUGUGCUGUCGUGUUCUUCGUUCCGUUGUGUGUUUACGAAAAUGCUGUAUAGGUGAACAGUUCUAAUACAGUGUAGUGUUUGUGAUAAUAAUUUCUUAGCUAUCCUGUCUUAAUACUGUAUCUCAAAGGUAGUAAAAAUGCCUUGCUCUGCAGUAACUUUGUCUAUAGCGACCAUUACGGCAAUCGUGGCUGCUGCUCUAAUGGCAAUAGCGUUUUCGACAGAUAACUGGCUUUACAUAGAAGUUAAGCGAAGCAGUAUUCAGACAUAUGCGGCGCAGAACACGGCAGGCAACUCCCAGACGAUUCUCGACAGUCUGAACAACAAGUACUAUUUCUACACGAGAACGAGGGGUUUGUUCCGUAUCUGCUACCCCAAGGAACGCCCACCUACAGUGGAAAUUUACCUAUCACCCGUGGAAACUCACUGCAGCAAUGUGGAUUACUUUAUUCCUGAUGAGAAUAACGAGACCAAAGAAUUCUCAGACGAUGCGAUGAACAGGUUACACAUGGCGCGAUCGACGGUGGCACUAUUCAUCGUGGCCUUCCUGUCACUCUUCAUAGCCUUCUGGACCGGCGUGGUCGGCUGCUGGAAGCGCAGCCCGGGGAACAUCACUGCCACUGCUAUCCUCAUGCUUGUUACAUGUCUAUUAGCAGCAGGCGCGAUGGCCUUGUGGCACGGAGUAGAGUUCUACGAGAAAGAGAAGGCUGUCGGUGAAGAGUACUACCAACAAUGGCCUAACGUGCUUAAAAACAACUCAUCGAUCCGGUACGACUGGUCCUAUAUUCUGGCGUGGCUGAGCGUGGGAGUUUCCUUCGGGAGCUCAGUGCUAUUCUUCUCUGCGGCCGUUUGUUUGGGGAGGGAGAAACGGCGCGAGCAACAGAACAACGUGCAAUACAUAAUGCCAGUGUACCCCCAAAAGCAGCAAUACGCAUACGCCGGAUACCCGCCUCCCCAGGCAUACCCCGGCCCCUACUACCACGGGUCCCAGUACGGGCCCUACAACUACUGAGCCCACGACCAGAUGAGGGAUCUUACUACGGCGCCCUACAACCCCCCUGCGCCGCAAGCACCCGCGAGAAACCCCACCCCGACGAACUCCCUGCUAACCUUUAAUUCCCAUCGGAGAAUCAGGAGGAAACUCGGCGACAAGAAGGUCUACAGACCGGUGAGACGACACACUUUAUCUAGGAUUGACGAGGCACCCGUACAACGGAACGACAUCCAAUCCAGCUUCCUAACAGACUUCUCAUCGACAAGACCCAUUCUACGAUCCAGGUCUAACAUUUCAGCUGAUACUAGCCGAAGCGUGCCCGUCUGCAAUCAGAGCCAAGAAAUCGGCAAUCAAGUAGAAAGCUCCAGCCCUCAAUACGCCGAACCUGGUACAGAAACUGACUCGUCUUACGACAUCCCCGCGUCUAUGACCGACUUGCCGGUGAUGAUCCCGCUGGACCCCGCCCCUUAUUAUCCCCAAUACGCGUAUUAUACGGACGACGGAAGAAUGAACGGACACAAGUUGAGAAAGAAAAUGAAAAAGCUGUCGUCCAAACAUAGCAAUUUGUAUCUUGCGUUCAUGUACUGAGGCAGCUGAUUGGUAACAGGAUGGCUUGGUGGAUGGUGUUUUUCGGAUAUUAAUCUUAAUUUAUAGAUCGUUUCGGAAUCAACCGAAUCAUCCUUGAUUGAUAAAAAUAUUAAAAACUAGUAAGGAUUUAAAUGAAUUGAAAACACCUUUGCCUCGCCAUCCUGUUGAUGAUCUCUCCAGGUCCUUAACGUGAGUUGUCAAAACAAAAGCCGAGACCGCUUUUGGAAGCUCAAGGUGACGAGUUUCGACGAUGCCGUUACAGUGUAUGACGUCACGACAAAUUAGUUUUUGCUCUCCAAAGUUCCCCUGGUUUUCGUUUCAAACGCAUUUACAUACACUGCCUUUUUAUUUUAAAUGGGUGGCCCGAAUCUGGUUAGAUUAUAAAUAAAACUGUUUGACUAUUGGCACGAUUUAUAAGGUCGCCUGCGAGUUACUCGAAUUGUCCGAACGAAACUUCGAACAACAAACGAGUUCGAUACACUCGUCUGUCGGCCAUUGCAGCACGGCUUACGAAACUCCGACACCACUGGUCUCUUCGAAAUUUCAAUGUAAUUAACUGAUGUUCGCUUCCGAUGUUUAAAUCGAUUUUAGUUUGUAUAGUAUUGUAACAAGGUACUUAUCAGAUAAUUGCGUGAAUACCUAUGUAUAGUUAAGUAAGAUGGGUAGACGUGUGACUCUGCCAUAAGUGUAUUGCGAUUCAAACAAAACGUUAGUGAUAAGAUCGUUUAGGUGAAAUAUUGAACAACUCGUCUUUUUAUGUGAGACGACACUGUAUUGAACAAAGUCUUAUGUAUAUUGGAAUAUUGUGCCUUUAUUAUAUAACGUAUAGCGCCCGUGAUACGAUCAAUUGCAAUUUGGUAGUGUUAAGUGAUUGCAUUGGUUUCAUUUUAGUUUCUUUAUAUUCUGAAAACGUUUUAAUUUCAUGAUGCAACAACUGCUGUUGUUGACUUUAACUUAAACUGACUUAUCAAGACUGACAAUAAACAAUAUAAACUGACUGAAUCUAGGCUGACAAUUGUCAAUCAUAAUAAUUUUGGCAAAAAACACUGAUUUCUGUAACACAGGUUUAUUAUCCUAACAUGGAAAUCAGGGUGAUCAAUCUCACAUGUGUACCUACUGUUGUUAAGUAAUACAUUUAUUAUUAUUAUUAUAUAAUGAAAUAAUAUCUAUUGCAAUUGAUUGUUUCAUAGGCACUGAAAACAAAUGCUCACUCAAAUUGUAUUGAUUUAUUAGAUUACACAUAUCUCUUGUAACUUUAAUUUAAUUUGUAGAUGAAUAUUUUUUUUUAUAUAAAUAUCCAAUCUACUGUACUUUUUUACGGUUAUGUAUAUAGUCAAUGACUAUGCAUUGGCGAAAUGCAAGGUACUUCGGACGGAAGUUAUAAUUAUAUUUUCAAUUUAUUCCCUUUAGUUAGAUAAACGGAUUAUGUACCGAUAGUACGAGUCACGAACUAAAUCCGUCCUGUAUAAUAAAUAUUCUGGAGUACAUAAAACAUUUAUUUUUAACAAUCGUCUUCUAUUAAAAUAAUGAUAUUUAGUCAGAAUGUCGAGGUACUGAACCAAUAAUUUUGUAAAUUAAUUAAUUUUAGUAUAAUUUGAUAUGAUAUUAGAGAUUUUUAGGAUAUUUUCACUGGAAAUGUAUUUAAAAUUUUCUAAAUAA